AUGUGGAAGGACUCCAGCAAUGAUGAUGCCAGAUCUGCAGCCUCCAGCAGCGGCUCCUCUCGCAGCGCUAGCCGCAGGAAGAGAACCAGUUUCUCCAAGGAACACGUGGAGCUCCUGCGUGCCACCUUUGAAACUGACCCGUACCCUGGCAUCAGCCUCAGAGAGAGCCUGUCCCAGACCACAGGCCUGCCAGAGUCACGCAUCCAGGUGUGGUUUCAGAACAGAAGAGCUCGCACCCUGAAGUGCAAAGGAGCCAAGAAAGCUCUGUGGCAGUCUGAUACCCCAGUCCAAGAGGCUCUCCCUCCACCUCAUGCUGUUGCCAACAGGAGACCACAACUUGGCCCCAUCCCUCUGCCACCUCAGGGACCCCCACCAGCCUAUCCAACCCAGGUGAAGGAGGAGAUGGAGGAAGCCUGCUACUAUGGACAGUAUCCUCCUGCCUACUCCACCAUUGAGGAGCAUGGACAUUACGGCUCCAUGUAUGGCCUCCAGCAGGGCAGAGCGCUGGGCAGCAGCUCAAGCCCACCCCUGGGGGGAUACUGGUCCCAGCCAGGCAGCCAAACCUCCCCUCACUCGCCGCUGUGGUGCCACUCUCCCAUGGGGAUGAGAAACUACAGCUCAAGCUCCAGCCAGGCCGCAUCCUUCAUGUAUCCAGGAUCAGCAGAGCAGCAGACGUACAUGACUUCAUCAACCUCCCACUCCUCCACCCCAGACACCCCCGAUUCUGGAUACUGGGAUGCCAGUCUGGAGAACAGCCCACCACUGGAGGGUCAGUACUUGCAAGUGGAGGACUCAGGGAGCGGGGUUGCUGUGGAAGGCUGCGGGGAGUCCAGGCAUCCGAGGCUGAUCCAACACCACACCCCUUUGCCCGAGCUGUCCCUGCAGGAGAUUCUAGGGGAGUUGAACGAGGACUGGCUGGGAGGAGAAGGACUGGAUAACCAUGCCACUGUGGAGAAAAUGGCUUUCUGCUGA